UAGGUGGCAGCAAAAUUACGCUGCGUCACCUUCAUCUGGAUAGGGAAUUGCUCCACUGCUCAGUGAGUAUGUGACCAACAUAAGAAGAAUAUUAGACCAUUUUCACGACUGCUGUGAGGCGUAUUGUGUGGAGUUAGAUUACAGAUAAUCUUGAUGUCGGCGCCGUCAUUAUAAAUCGUAACACCCCAUAAACAAGUAGACAUGGGAGCUGGUUCCAGUCAACCCAGUGAGAAUGAUGAGCAGGCCAUCGUACCCCAGCAGGACAGGAGAAAGACCUCUAACAGGAGACACUCUGAGGAAACACUGGACUGCCCAACCUGCCAGGGCACGGGCCGCAUCCCACGAGGUCAGGAGAGCAAAUUGGUGGCAGUGAUCCCCUGCUCCGAUCAGAGGCUGAAACCACGACACACGAAGUUGUAUGUCACUGUGUCGGUGACGCUGUGCCUGCUGGUCAGUUCGCUGGUCCUCUUCUUCUUGUUUCCUCGCAGUGUCAUCCUCUCACCCGGGGCUGUCGAGUCUGUCUAUGUUUACUUCACCCCGACCACUGUCCAAAUGAACAUCACGAACAUCCUGAAUAUUACCAAUGACAACUUCUUUACAGUUCAGGCCUACAACUUGACAGUGCAGGCUCUUUUUGAUAAAACGGUUGUGGGCAAGGCUGAUAUGAAAAAUGUCACCACCGUCAAACCACUCACGGACAAAACGUUUGCCUUUGAGAUUCCUGUCACGCUAGUGGAGGAGGGUCUGAACAAUUACUGCAAGAAAUCUACGAUCCAGAUCCACACGUUAUUUGUCCAUCUUCAGAUGUCAAUGACUGUCUACUACCUGGCCCACUUCGAGCAGCUUUCCCUGGACACGUUUGAAUACGUCGACUGUGGGUCUAACACCACAACACCCCACCUCAUCAACCCUACACCCUGAGAACAAGGGCUCCAUUAGGGACAGGAUGACAAGGGUGAGGGGAAGACUGAGGAGCAGGCCAUGAGGUGAACUGUGGAGAACAACUGUGUGACAGUGUGGUCAAAAACCAUAUGGUUUUUCUUGCGAAAUCCAAAUGUUAUGGGGAAGAAACAAACGACAAAAAUGUGGAGCUUGAAAUUCAAAUUAAAGCUCUAAAAUGUUCUGUUUGUCUUUUUUAUGCACCUCUGUAGAGCUUUAUAAGUAGAGUCAUCGCUGUGGUUGGAGGCUCUGCACUGUGAAAAUGUCUUUUUUGCCACUAUAUCCUACUGAAAGAGCUACUCUGAAACUGAAAGACUACAAAUUUGCACAAAUUUAAUUCAGAUGUUAUAUUUGUGCAUAAUUUCCUAUAAAACAGAUUGUCGGUGCACUUCUACAAACAAGUCAAUUACUUUAUGUGUUUUAAUUGGUUAAAGUAGAUAAAACCAUGUAAGUAUUCUUAACGUUAUGCAUACAACUAUGUAGCAUUGAUCACAGAACUUUUCUAUGGAAUCACAUGGGAAUUACAGUUCUCUGUCUUUGACUACUGACCAUACAUGUGAUUUCUAUGUUAAACCAUCAUCUCUAAUUGUAUACUAAUUCUAACAAGAUCUGGAUAUUAAUUCACCUAUGGUUUUUCUGUGUCACUGAAAUUAGAUUAUUAGUGAGGGAAAAUGGUUAAAUUGUUUGGAAUCCACAUAGACUAGUAGUGUCACCACGGGUAUUUUUGGAAUGGGGAAACUAAUUUACCCCCUUGUUCUUGCACUACAGCAAAAUCAUGGCAAUGUUUCUUAUGCUCUGUUCAAAUACUCUUAAUAUUUACUUCCUCUAUUAUUCAUGUUAAGGGUUUUAGUGCAUUGUUUCCACCUUUGUCAGAUCAGUGAAAAACAUUCUAUGCAUUUUAAAGGAUUCUAUAAUUAAAUCACAAAGCCUGAGAAAAUAGAAUACAAGUUCCUUGUUUGGUCACAUAAUUAAAGGAUGUUGUAUAUUUAAAUGGCCGCUAAGUGGUGCUAAAGUUACAUAGAAAAAGUUUCUUCCUUGAUGACAGUUGGGUCCAGUCCAUAUGGGUCGUCUUCACCAAUGACUGGAUAUGGGCUCUUCACCACUGCUGGGAGUACUGUAUGGACUGUAAUGUCGAGAAAUAAAAACACUCCUAU